CUUUCUUGCUCCCUGGAGGGUUGCUCCCAUCCAGUCCUCACUGGCAAGCUCCUUCCAGACGGGGGCUGCGCCUUCACCAUGAAUUUGGGGGCAGCUGAGGCCUGGGGGGAGACUCCCCCACGGGUGCAGAUCAUCCAACAGCCGAUUCCCCAGCAGCCGAUGACAAUAUUUCAGCAGAUCCCUGGGAUCCUGUCUCCUUUCACUCAGCCCGUAAGGCCAGGACAUGUCCGAGAAGAUCUGAUAGAGUUCAUGAUGAUACAAAACGCCCAGAUGCAUCAGGUGAUCAUGAACAACAUGACGAUGGCUGCACUGACAUCCUUUGGAUUCAGCCCAGCUCCUGCUGCUGCCCAGGUGAACCUGGUCCCUCUCCACACUGAAGAUGAAGAAGCAGAUGUGGUAUUCCACCACCACUACGCACCAUACCCCACCGCCACUCCCGGCCCCCCAUGGCAGCCCCUGGCGCAGCCUCCAGCAUGGGCACAGGAGCCCCCUAGCAUACGCCACGUCAGCCAGGACCCGCACCCAGCGCCAGCAGGCCGGACUCAGGACGACAAAGUGGUCCCUCCGCCCCCACCGCCCAGCGCCACGGGGACAGUGGGAGCUGACGUCCCGCCGGCCGUGGAGUAUUACGACUACACCCAGGGCAAGCUGUGAGCCUGGCUCUGUGCCUCCUGGGAGCUCUCCUCUUCGCCUGCAUCCCCGUCCCUGCCUGGCUCCGGGGAUCCCUGCUGCAGGAGGGGUUCCCCUGGCCCAGCGAAGCUGGUGCGUUGGGCCCUGACCAACCGCUCUGUCCUUCGUCCCCGCUCGUUAACUGGACUAGCUCCUGCAGUGACAGGCAGCCGCCUGAUGCGUCCUCUCCUGUCCCUCACCUCGCUCCACCCCAUGGAGCCGGAAGGGCAACCUGCCUGGACUCGCCUCUCAGCUACUAAGAAGGUGCUUCAUUGUCUAGUUGUUUCCACAGUGUGGUUGUCCCCUGACGUGGCAGCUUCUCCUGCCCCAGGGAGGAAGAGGUUGUGCUAUUAGGUGCAGCUACUGGCAGGGGGAGGGAUGCGUCCUUCCCACCACGCACCCCACUCCCCCUUUUCUGUCUGCUGGCAUCCCCUUGCUGUAGCCUCAGGACUAAUGCAUGUCUCCAGCAUCCCUCAUUUAACGUGCUUAUGCCUCUCCUCCGAUGACACAUCAGCCGGAGCUCCCUUCUGCUGCUGCCGUGGAAGGGACCUCGAGGUUCCUGGGGAAGUGGAAGACCCCAGGUGUCUCCAGCAUGGGGGACAGUGCUGGUGUCCUGGGCCCGGGUCUCCCAGGACGGGCAGGGCUGGUGCCUGGUUGUCAGCCAUGUCUAAGCGCCACCUCUGCCCUCACUGUCCUUAUGUGACAGCUACACUCUUGGCCCACACACCGGGGAUUGAAUCGGUGCCCUCCUGAGCUAGCUGUGAGCGCCUGGAGCUGGGGGCCGUGACAGCUGUGGAUGGGCCUAAGGGGGAGCUGAUAGACCCACCCACCAGUGGGUUACAUGCGCCGCUGGUGUCUCCAGGAUAUGAGGGAACAAGCCAGCUGCCUGCCCUCUGCAUCGCAUUGAGAUGAGCAGGAGGGCACAGGGCAGCGUCUGACGAGCAGAGAGGCAGGUGUCACGGACUCUCAGAAUUCGUGCUCUCUCCCGGCUCCGUACAGUCCAUGGGGGGGACCCCCUUCGGUGUGACAGCCCUUCUCGGGGGUCUGCUCUCUGUCAGGGGUCAAGCCACAGCCCCUUCUGCCUCCUGGAACCACACCUCUCUGCGCCUUAGCACGCCUGUCUCUCGCAGUGGGUCCUCUCAGAGAAUCCACUUGCUCUGGACCCCCGGGCCCUCCAUUCCCAGAGGGAAUGAUGCAACCCUGUUCUCUAGACCGGAGCGACUCUCAGCCAGCGUGAAACAAGGGUUUAUUGAGCGUCUGAACACAGCACAGGAAACUCUCAGGGCCUCAGGCCUGGCCUCCCGCAGCACAGGACAUCUAGGUCUGUCCCGCCUCCAGGUGGGCUCUGGCUGCUCUCCCCUCCGAGCCCAGAGACCCCCUCCUUCCAGCUGGGCAUCCGAUAUCACCGUCCCCCAAGUCCCGCCUCCGUCCUUUGUCUUCUGUCCCAGGUAAGCAGGCUGCCUGGGCCUCCUCUGCUCCCAGCCUCUCCUCUCAUCCGUCCUUUUUCAUAGAUUCUAGGACUGGAAGGGACCUCGAAGGGACCUGGAGAGGUCAUCGAGUCCAGUCCCCUCCCCUCUGG